AUGGCGGUGGCAAUGGCAGUAAUGGUGAUGAUGCUGGUAGUGGUUGUGGUGGUGGUGACGGUGGAGCUAAUAGUGAGGGUGGUAGUGGUGGUGGAGGUGGGGGUAAGGGUGGUGGAGGAGGUAGUCGUGACAAUGAUGGUGAUGGUGCUGGCGGGAGUGGUGGUGGGGCUAGUAGUAAGGGCACGAUGGGCAGCGGUGGUGGUGGUACUAGUGGUUCUAGGGGGUGGCGACGAUUGCAGUGGUAGUGGCGGCGACAAUGAUGACUAUGGUGGUGGUGGUGGUGGUGGUGGUGAUGGCGGCGGCGACUAUAGUGUUAGUCACGAUAAAAUGGUGGUAAUAGAACUGGUGAAAUUAUAUCUUGAGAAUAAAAAAUAA